AUGGCCAGCACGACGCCCUCCUCAGGCCCCUCAGCCACAACAAUCACAAUCUCCCUCCUCUCCAUCACGACAGUGCUCGGGUUGGGAUACGCUCUCUACUUCGACUCCCGCCGUCGCCGCGACCCCGAAUUCCGCAAAUACCUCAAAAAGCAACACAAGCGCGUCGCGAAACUCGACACGGAAGCUUCCAUUGCCGCCGAGCGGUCGCAAAAGGAGCGCAUCACCUCCGUCGUCGCCGAAGCCAACGAGGAGGGUUUCCCGCGUGAUCCCGAGGACACGGAGGCGUACUUCAUGGAGCAGGUGGCCAAGGGAGAGGGCAUGUGCGCGAGUGGGGAGGAUCCCGUCGAGGCGGCGUUGUGCUUUUACAAGGCGUUGAAGGUUUACCCGCAGCCUAGGGAGUUGAUUAGUAUUUAUGACAAGACGGUACCAAAGCCCAUCCUGGACAUCCUCGCCGAGAUGAUCGCCGUCGACCCCAGCAUAUCCGUCACGGGCUCUGCCAGCGCUAGUGAUGCUGGUUCUGCUACCGUCGAGUAG